AUGGUCUUAACCGUUGGAAACCCUAGCGUUGCUUUGCUCUGUAGCCCAGGAAUGGGCCACCUCAUUCCAAUGCUUGAGCUUGGCAAAUGUCUGAUGUCUAAUCAUGGCUUCGACGUCACCGUUUUCAUUGUGACCACUGAUUCUUCAACCACACAUUCACAGAUAAUCCAACAAACUUCAUCAAACCCUAAAACCACAGCCGCCCUAAACAUCGUCGUACUCCCACCUGUAGAUGUUUCCAGCAAACUCAAGCCACUAAACUCAUCACAGUUCGGAGCUCGAAUCAAGAUAACAAUGGAGGAAUCACUCCAACUUCUUCGCUCUGCUAUUCUCUCAAUGAAGCUUCGUCCAACAGCUCUCAUCGUUGAUUUGUUCGGCACCGACGCUUUCGCCAUGGCACGUGACCUCCACAUGCUUACCUACGUGUUUUUCACUUCCAGUGCAUGGGUUCUUGCUCUUGCUGUGCAUGUUCCAUUUAUGGAGAAGGAACUAUUAGACAGGCAUGUGAAACUCCAUGAACCGCUUCCCAUUCCGGGUUGUAAACCUGUUCGGUUUGAAGACACCUUGGAACCGCUAUUGCUUAAAGAUGAAGUGCCAAUGGAGCACGAGAUGUUCUUACAAAUGGGAUCAAACAUAAGAAAUGCUGAUGGAAUUUUGGUUAAUACAUGGGAAGACCUUGAGACUAGCGUGGUUCAAAAUUUAAGAAGCGGGAUUAUUAAGGGAAAGAUUUAUCCGGUUGGACCGUUAGUGAGAGGCGCGGAUCCGAACCGGACUAAGAUGGAUCAUCAUCAAGUUUUGAGUUGGCUAGAUCAGCAACCAGCCGAGUCGGUUAUUUUUGUGUCAUUUGGAAGUGGGGGGACCAUGUCGGAGGCACAAAUGGAAGAAAUAGCUUACGGUUUGGAGUUAAGUCAACAUAGAUUCAUUUGGGUGGUUCGACCGCCCCAUGGAGACAAAACCGCUACGAAUCACGGUUCAUUCUUCAAGCUAGAGAACGGUAAAAGCACAGACAGCUUGCUAGAGAAAUUCUUGAAUAAGACCCACGAGCUUGGACUUGUGGUCCCCAUGUGGGCCCCACAGUCUGAGAUUCUAGACCAUUCUUCGGUCGGGGCAUUCAUGACGCAUUGUGGCUGGAACUCCACGCUUGAAGCGAUCACCAACGGUGUGCCGAUGAUAGCGUGGCCGUUGUAUGCAGAGCAGAGGAUGAACGCGGCAGCGCUGACGGAGGAGCUAGGGGUGGCAGUGAGGGUGAAGAACGGUGGGAACAAAGCAGAGGUGGUGGAGAGGAACGAAAUACAUAGGCUGAUAAGGAGAGUGAUGGUGGAAGAAGGUGUGUGCAUCAAAGAAAGGGUCAAAGAACUUAAACAUAGUGCAAAAAUGGCUUUGUCGGAGGGUGGAUCAUCUUUUAACUCUUUUCAUCAAUUGGCCAAAAAUCUCCAGUGGAUAUGA